ACAGAGAGGACAUACUAUCGAAGCUUUUCAGACCGUCCUGGACCGUUUUUGUGUCGUGGUUUGAACUGUCCGACUGUUUUUUCGUGUUCCGAGCAAAAAUCUAACAGGGACAGGAAGGCUGCGGGUGUCCUUCUGAACACCGUCACUGCAGAAGCACCUCCGCGUGUCCUCGUUUGGAAGUACUGCCGGUAUCGCUUACUUCAGAAAGAGAGAGCCUGUACUGUCGGACAGGCGCACAGACAGACAGUCAGACAGACGAACCUACUUUUCCAUUUUAGCCGAGCAAUGCUAAGCCUCUUGGGAGUAUUUCUGUGGGCACCCCUUUGUGUAAGCCUCGGGGUCAAAGGUCAUCUGCCUAAAACAGGAAGGGUGUGCUCUCAGAAGACUGUCAGGGUGCCCCUGGUUUACAAUGAGAGCUCCGUUCAGCCCGUGUACAGGCCCUACCUGACCAGCUGCCCGGGACACAGGAUCUGCAGCUCCUACCGGACGUCCUACAGAGUGUCUUUCCGUCAGGUUCACAAAGAGGUUCUGCAGACUAGUGCCAUCUGCUGUCCUGGCUGGAGAAAGCGCUCCCCUCACUCACUCAGCUGUGAUAUAGCUCAGUGUCCCAGGCCAUGUCUCAAUGCAGGGGUGUGUGGCAGGCAGCCGGGGCUCUGCUCCUGUAAACCGGGCUGGACUGGGAACUACUGCCAAACUGAUGUGAACGAGUGCCUCUCUCCUCUCCGCUCCUGCGCUCAGAUCUGUGUCAACACUCCCGGAAGCUUUGUCUGCUUUUGUCACCAUGGUUACCACCUGAGGCCUGAUGGGAAAUCAUGUGAAAGAGUGGAGGCCGCGGACCCUGUGUCUGGAGAGCUGAGAGAAGAGGUGAAGACUCUGAGGAGUAAAAUAGAGAAUCUGGAGAGGCGUGUGGAGCGAGCUGUCUCUCUGGUCUCUCGUCUCGUGCCGGUCAGCUUGGAGGAGCUGAGAGACGAUGACAUCACUGCGUUCUGGGAGAGGCUGCAGGAGCUGGACCGCAUCGAGUCUCUGAGUGAACAGAUCCUGCUGCUGGAGGAGAGGCUGCCCAGCUGUUCCUGCAAAGAGAAUCGAUGACACACCCAAGAUUUCAGCCGUGCACUUUGACCUCUGCACAGACACAACUGGGACAAAACUGGAUGUCAAAUACACACACAGACAUGCAGACAGUCUACACUACACACACUACACUGCACACGCAGAAACACACUGACACACACUACACUGCACGCAGAAACACACAGACUACACUACACAUGCAGAAACACACUGACAGUCUACACUACACAUGCAGAAACACACAGACUACACUGCACACGCAGAAACACACUGACACACAGUCUACACUACACAUGCAUAAACACACUGACAAUCUUAUACAUGCAGAAACACACUGACACAAUGAGACACACACUGUGUUCUCCGAGGAUUUCAAUCGGUGCUACUGUAUUUAAAUUUGCAUGCAGCUAAACCAUGCUGGAAAACAAUGUGUACCAACAAUAAUGAUUUUAAAAAAAUGUAAAUAUAUAUUUGUGUCUAUUUAUAUUUCAUAUGAUAAUAAAGUAAUUUUAAAUCCUUU